AACUUUAUUGGUUAGAAAACGUCGCUCAAGAGUGAUGCUGAGGAUGGGCGGAGUCUACGAGGUAAUGGCGUCGCAAAGGCCUAUUCCUCUUCAGUUAUCGAAACCGCAGUGUUCGCGGGCCAAGUCCGCUUCAGCCUCAAUUAGGAUUAUAUUCUGACAGUUCGGAUAAUUUCGCGGCUCUGACAGCUGAAGUACAACUUCUUUCUCCCUUCGGCCUUGAUUCUUCUGAGUUAGGCCUUACGGCCUCGGCCUCAGAGAGCCGACGGUGCCUGAAAUAAGACUGACUGGUUACACUAUUUUGUGUGAUGGUGGCAUAUUGAGGAAAGAGCUCCACCAUCGCUUUAAUAUCGUACCUGUGUUUUUUGGAUAAUUUGGACAUGCAAUGGUGUUCUCUGUAGCUGGUGUGUGAUCAUCUGGGAUUUCUUCUAGUUGGCAAUCCUACUUGUGUGAAGCAACCUCACUGAAGCUGCACAGGAUGGCCUCUGUGCCGGUGUACUGUUUGUGCCGCCUACCAUAUGAUGUGACUCGAUUUAUGAUUGAAUGUGAUGUCUGCCAAGACUGGUUCCAUGGAAGCUGUGUUGGAGUGGAGGAGGAAAAAGCAUCUGAAAUUGACCUAUAUCAUUGUCCAAACUGUCAGAUAACUCAUGGGCCAUCUGUUAUGAAACGUCGACGUGGGAAUUUGAAGCAGGAUCCACACUUGAGUAAAGACUUAGGGAAGCCAGUACAGACAGGAAGUGCAAGCUUUAUUAAGGAGCUAAAGAGUAGAAAUUUUCCAAGUGCAGAGGAAAUCAUUCUAAAGCCCCAGGGUGCCCAGCUGACGGUGGAAUACUUGGAGGAGAACAGUUUCAGUGUCCCUAUCCUAGUACUGAAGAAAGAUGGGUUAGGAAUGACGCUUCCUGCCCCUACCUUUACUGUCAGUGAUGUGGAGUACUAUGUGGGUCCAGAGAAAGAAAUUGAUGUGAUUGAUGUGACGAGACAAGCUGAUCUAAAAAUGAAACUGAAAGAUUUUGUGAAAUAUUAUAACAGCCCCAAAAGGGAAAAAGUGCUUAACGUGAUAAGCCUGGAGUUUUCCGAGACUAGACUCACUAAUCUAGUGGAAACUCCAAAGAUUGUACGAAAGUUAUCCUGGGUUGAAAACCUGUGGCCAGAGCAGAGUGUUUUUGAGAGGCCUAAUGUCCAGAAAUACUGCCUCAUGGGUGUAAAGGACAGUUACACUGAUUUCCACAUUGAUUUUGGGGGCACGUCGGUCUGGUAUCAUGUCCUUAAAGGAGAAAAAAUCUUUUACCUUAUCCAACCCACCAAAACCAACCUGGCCCUUUUUGAGUGCUGGAGCAGUUCCUCCAACCAGAAUGAAAUGUUCUUUGGAGAUCAAGUGGAUAAAUGCUAUAGAUGCCCAGUCAAACAGGGACAGACCCUUUUUAUCCCCACAGGGUGGAUACAUUCAGUGUUGACUCCAGUUGACUGCUUAGCCUUUGGAGGGAAUUUUCUACACAGCUUAAACAUUGCUAUUCAGCUCAGAGCAUAUGAGAUUGAGAAGAGGUUAAGCACUGCUGACCUCUUUAAAUUCCCAAACUUCGAAACCAUCUGUUGGUACGUGGGGAAGCAUUUACUAGACACCUUCCGUGGUUUGCGAGAGAACAGAAGACAGCCAGCAUCAUACUUAUUGCAUGGAGCGAAGGCACUCAACACAGCAUUUAGAGGCUGGACCAAGAAAGAGGCAUUGAUGGAUCACGAAGAGGAAAUUCCCGAGACCAUUAUUACUUCCCAGCUUAUUAAAGACCUAGACCGGGAGAUCCGGCUUAUGGAGGAUAUCUUUCACCAAAACAUCGAGAAGACUGGAAACCUCAUGGGUCUGACUAGAAGCCCUUUAACUGGCACUCCAUCCUCAUCUAAAGCAGCACUUCCAGUCAAGGGCACUAAUAAGAAGGGUGUUAGAGCAAACCAACUGAUAAAGAAAGUAGGACGGAAGGGCAGAGAAACAGAUGCUGACAUGAGUCCAGAACAACCAGGAACUCCUACUGGCCAGCAUCACAAGAAGUUUGGCUCUUCAGGAAAGGAGAUGGAAGAUACAUCCCUUGAUCCUCUUGAAGAAAAGCCAGAUGUCGGCUUGCUGGAUGGAGAUAUGGCAGACAGUAAAUUCAGGCUAAUGAUGGCUAAUGGUACCAACUUAAGUGGUAAGAAGGAGCGCGUAGGAGCUGGAGGUAGGCGCCAAGCAGCUGCAAAUAGACACAUCAAAAAGGAACAGUUACAGGCAGAUCUGUCCUCUGGGGAUCCUUUCCUUCUAGAUUCCGAAGAUGAUUUGCAAAUUGAUGAAACUCCUCGCAAAGAAAAAAAAGUAGCUCUGGCAAAGAGAAAGUUACCUAAGUUUCCACGAAAACUACCAAGAGCAAAGCCAUGUUCAGAUCCCAACAAAGUGCGUGAGCCUGGGGAGCUGGAAUUUGAUGUAGAGGAAGACUACACCACGGAUGAGGAAAUGGCUGAAGGUGAUGGUGAUCAACUAGGUGCCAGCAGUGGGGGCAUAUUAGACCUAUUAAAAGCCAGUCGGCAGGUUGGAGGUCCUGAAUAUUCUGAAAUUGAUGAAGCCCCUGCCUCUCCCAGCACACAGGAGGCAAUCCAGGGUAUGCUGUGCAUGGCCAAUCUUCAGGCCUCCUCAUCUUGUACACCUUCCAGCCUUCAAGCUUGGUGGGCAGCUGGGCAGGAAAGUGGUGCAGUGGCUGGAGCAUUGCAGGGAAGUGGUAAGGCUGCUGGGAAUAAGAGCUGUGGUAAUGGGACCAGCACUGGAAGCAGCAAAGUUCUCUUAAGGCCUGGAAAGAGGCCUGUAAAACGACCAGCACACCGCAGCAUGGACAGUGAAGAUGAGGAUAGCACUGAUGAGCAGGAGACACUGGGGGCAUGCUUUAAGGAUUCUGAAUACAUUUACCCUUCACUGGAGUCCGAUGAUGAUGAUCCCGCUUUGAAAUCACGUCCUAAGAAAAAGAAGCAGACAGACGAUGCUCCAUGGAACCCUAAAGCACGUGUCACUCCAACAUUACCCAAGCAGGCUCGGCCAGUGCGGGAGGGAACGCGUGUAGCGUCUGUUGAGACAGGGCUUGCUGUGGCUGCUGCAAGACUUUCGCAGCAGGAACAGCAGAAAUCGCUGAAGAAGAAGGUAGCCAGCAAAAAGAAACCAGUCAGUGAACCGGAGCCCCUGCUUUUACCAUCAGAACCUGAACCCCCGCCAUUGGAGCCUCAGACAGAGGUCUUCUCUGGAAGUCUUGUUGACCAUGAAUAUACUGCUGGCCCCAAUAUAUUUGGCAUGGCUCAAGUGAACCGUGGAACUACACCAAUGGCACCAGGAGUCUUUCUGUCCCAGCGGCGGCUUUCCGCAUCUUCACCAGGAAGUCCAGCAACGCAAGUUCCAGGAAAACGGCCUAAAAAGGGCUUGGCUACAGCAAAACAACGCCUGGGCAAGAUCCUCAAGAUCCACCGGAAUGGAAAGCUGCUUUUGCUGUGAUCUGCAGUCUCUCAGACUAUAAAAAAAAAAGUGACAGUGAAGAGAGAUGACCCAGAAAAGGUCAAGCUAUGGAUCUUGAACUUAUUUUUUUAUAUAUCCACUUUUCAAACCAAACAGCUCAUCUUUUACACACAAAGGACAAGAAAAAAACUGGACAAGAUUAAAAAAUGUGCUUAAGCAAACAGCACAGAUAUGACCAUAAUAUGGUAACUGACAAAUCUGUUCAUUCACUGGCUUUAACCUCCUUACCCUUUAAACCAGAAUAGUGUGUGUGUAAUGGGGGGCGGUCUUUAAAGGGAAGCAAAAAAAAAAAAAGUUUAGAGGGGCCUUGCUAACAAGACCAUUGCUAGAAUAGCUGAGAUACAGGACUCGAUCUUUUUCAGCAUUACUUUUAGAACAGGUAAACGUUAAUAGCUCAGAUUUGGCAAACUCAGCAGCUUUACUUCAUUUAGCACCAGAGAUGCCAUCUUCAUUUCAUACCUAAAUGCCAAUGGGCUGUGUUCCUCCUUUUCUUCAAUGAGUUUAUGGUCAUUUUUCUGAAACUCCUGACCAGCCCCUAGUUUAAUUUAUGGAGCCAUAAAAUAUAUGAAUUAUACCAAUGGCACCAGCUCAUGGCAUUUGGUAUCUUUUUAGGUCCCUGCCAUUUAUUUAAACCAGUGCUUAAGUGUAACACUUAUAGCGCAACAAUGGGAACGAAUUGGUAGCUUCUUUCCAUAAAUAAGUAGUAGGCAUCAAGCCUGAAGUUUGAGUCUUUUAACUUAGGCAUCCAAGAGGAAACUUUUACACAAACGAGGAGCAAAUGCCGAAAUCUAGUCGUUUUUGGCCACCCAUCCUGGAUGAAAUUGGAUCUGAACCUUUCCUUUGCCUUCCUUAAAAAUUAUGGGACUCUCCUUGGUUGCCAUGUAUCUGUCAACAGCUUUGGGGGUAAAGGCAAAAACUGGAUGUAAGAGCUUUUCAGAGCAACAGAACUGAUAUAUUUUUUAAGCUAAAAUUCUUUGGGUUUCCUUCAAAUUGGAUUUUAUUCCCCUGUAUCUGAUCUACUCUUGAUGGAUUUAAAUUGACUGAGAAAUAAGAGGCACAACAUCUUUCCUUAAGUUGAUUCCUCACAGUGCUUAUCUGGAAGGGAAAUUAACAGAAGCAAAACAAAACCCUUUUUACACUGUAGGAACAAGCGUUCAGCAUCAGGGCAUGGAGGUUUUGGCCAAAGUAUUGUUAUUUUGUGUCAGCUAUUUUGAUCUUUGGCUAACAAGUCAGAAACUUGUACUUUAUUAUGGUACAAUAUUUCUUUUUAUUUUAGUUGAUUAGUCCAUGGGCAUCUUUACUAAAGCUUUUAGAUGUUUAAUAAUAUAUGCCAUGAUGGGAUUCAGAGAACACAUAAUUGCUUGCUGGACCAGGCCACUCUGGUGUUUUAAGGUCCUAUUUUUGGCCCUUACCCCCUUUUUUUAUAUUUAGGGUAAACUCUAUCCAGUAUUUUCUUCCCAAACUAAUAGCACUUGCACAGGGAGGGCAUUUCCAAGACUCUCCCACCAUUUCUGCAUACACACCCUUUAAUUUAAGUAUACAUAUACUGCCCGCAGUGAAAGCUAGUGCCCACAGGCUUCCUUUGGGUAUAACUGGCUUAGCACAUUAUAUCAGCUGGUGGGAAGACUAUCAAAUCCUGGGUUUUUAUAUAUAAAUAUAUAUAUAUAUAUAAUGUAAAUGACUGUUUCAACUGUAAAUAUAUUUGGAAGCAAAUUUUUUUGCCCCUCAAUUGUUUUCCCCACUCAAAUGUGAUGCUUUUAAAUGUUCCUCCGGCCUGUUGUUGGGUCUCUAUGCCAGCAAAUUGAGAUACUGCUUCUUUAAAAGUAGCUCUGCUGGAACAGCAGUUUAGAUCUGUCUUUAUUUUAUGGGAAAUACUUUGUAAUUAAAUCUCUCUCUCGCUUUAUCCUGCCCUAUCUGUUCUACUGUAAACUUAAUGACAAGUAGCUCAGAGUGACUAUACCUUUAGGACAGUGAUGGGCAACCAGAGGCCAUUGAGAAGUGGCUGAACCACAGCUCCCAGAGGCUGCCAUGGGAUACUGGGAGAUGUACAUAGGUCACAUUAGAGCCUACAGUUGCUUAUAUCUGCAGUAUAAGCAAAAGGAACACGCAAUAAAGAAGGAAGGAAGGAAGAAAAAACACCAGCCAAGGGAAGGAGGUUUCUAUUGAUUUGUACAUUUUUUUUUUUUUUUUUUUUUUUUAAAUAGAAAAAAAAAUUAAGUUGAAAAAAAAAAGACUUUUAAGAAGCAUCUUUGCAGAUCUGAGGAUUUAUUUUUCUGUGUUUGCACAUCUGCUGGUUUUUACCGGGCAGCUGGUAAAGUUGCUUCACUCCUAGUUUCAGUCUUCUAAUGUAAUUUAUAUUUUUUUAGACUUGUCAUGUUUCCCCUUUUAGUAGUUAAAAAGGAAAUACAGCUGCCUCCAUGUGCUUUAAAUA